CCUCUGCUCCACAAAGAAAGCCACAAGCAAACGAACAAUGAGCACUUGUUUGAGCUCGAAAACGUCGUCGUAGCUUGAGGGGGGUUAUUGUCUCUGUUUUGGCAUUGAUGUUCCUAUGCUGCUGGUAUAAGGUAUUAUAGAGAGGUUAUAUAAUGACUGAUUAGAAUAACUUUACAGAGGAUGCCGACAUUAGCUUCAACGCGGAUGCUCCUUCUUGUUGGAGAGUCACUACCUUUCCAAAAGUUAUCACAUGUGUCUAGGACAGCCUGGUUGCACAGAAGUGUACGUUUUCUGAGUAGGGUUCAGCGGGACCAUGGGCCUCUUACCAUUGCGAGCCUUGGGUUCAAGAAUGAAUUUGAUUCAAGGAACAAGAACAAAUCAAAUAAACUUAAGCAGUUGAAUUCUCCUGUUCAAGUUCCCAAGAGUAAACUCAAUGCAGUUGUAAGCAAUGAAAUCAAGGUAGUUGGGACUAAAACAUUGCUUGAAAUAGAGUCAGCUCCAUUUUCUGCAAAGUCUUUUUCUGAGCUUGGCCUCCCACCUUUAUUAAUAGAGAGGUUAGAGAGUGAGGGCUUUACAGUUCCAACUGAUGUACAGUCUGCAGCCAUUCCUACCAUACUUAAGAAUCACGAUGUUGUGAUUCAGUCUUACACUGGUUCGGGAAAGACAUUGGCGUAUCUUCUUCCUAUACUCUCUGAAGUUGGCCCACUGAAGAAGAAACCUGCUGCUGAUGAUGGAAAACCUGCAAAGAAAAUGGAGAUAGAAGCAGUAAUUGUGGCUCCCUCUAGAGAGCUGGGCAUGCAAAUAGUAAGGGAGUUUGAGAAGAUUUUGGGACCUUCAAAUAGAAAGUUCGUUCAGCAGCUUGUGGGGGGUGCAAACCGAUCAAGGCAGGAAGAAGCCCUCAAGAAAAACAAGCCAGCCAUUGUUGUUGGUACACCUGGUCGGAUUGCAGAGAUCAGUGCAGCUGGAAAGCUUCCCACCCAUGGAUGUCGUUUCUUGGUCUUAGAUGAAGUGGAUGAGCUCAUUUCUUUUAAUUUUAGAGAGAGCAUGCACCGGAUACUGGAGCAUGUAGGUAGGAGAUCGGGUGCGGACCCUCGUGGACCAAAAAGCCCAGUCGCCCCAAGGUCACAACGUCAGACCAUCAUGGUGUCUGCGACUGUGCCAUUUUCGGUCAUAAGGGCAGCCAGGAGCUGGGCUUGUGACCCACUUCUUGUACAAGCCAAAAAAGUAAUCCCACUUGAAUCUCUCCCCUCAGGACCCAAUAAGUUAUCGGGACCUAUGUCCAAUUCAGGUUCAGAGUCAAAUUUGCAGCCUCAGGCAGCAGUGGAGAGCCUACCUCCCUCUCUGAAACACUACUAUUGUGUCACGAAGUUACAACACAAGGUUGAUACAUUACGAAGAUGUGUACAUGCACUUGAUGCGAAGUCUGUGAUAGCUUUCAUGAACCACAGUAAGCAGCUGAAGGAUGCCGUCUUCAAGCUAGAGGCUCGCGGGAUAAAAGCUGCAGAGCUACAUGGGGAUCUUGGGAAGCUUGCUAGAUCUACAACUUUAAAAAAAUUCAAGAAUGGGGAGUUGAGAAUUCUGGUGACAAAUGAACUUUCGGCAAGGGGUUUGGAUGUGGCAGAAUGUGAUCUUGUGGUUAAUCUAGGAUUACCCACGGAUUCAAUUCAUUAUGCACAUCGAGCAGGCCGGACGGGUCGGCUUGGCAGGAAGGGUACUGUGGUGAGCAUAUGUGAAGAGUCAGAAGUUUUUGUUGUGAAGAAGAUGCAGAAGCAGCUUGGCAUUCCCAUUCCAGCUUGUGAGUUCACAGAGGGAAAAUUUGCUGUCACGGACGAAGGAGAAACUCCAGCUGUAAGGUGAGAAGACAUUUUACAUCUUUAGCAUUCCUUCUUCCUGAAUCAACAUAGACGUUUUUUUUUUUUUUUUUUUCUCGCUUUAUUUUUUUCCUGCUUCUGUUCAUUCUUUUGUAUCAGUUGCUGAGUGCAAGGUUAAUCCACUAAACAGGGCACAUCUAUGUAAUUUGCAACUUUAUGUAGUGACUUGAAGUUUAUAUUGAGAUAUGGAAUACCAUUGCUAGCU